UACGUUGUGAGGGCGACACUGUAACGGGGUAAUCGUUUGAGCCGACUCACAAGUCAUCUCGUUACAAUGUCAGACGACACGGCCUGCUUUGAAGUGCAGAGUGGAAGCGGGAUACAUAGUGGCGUGGGCGAGUGGAGUGCAGCAGGGAGGAAAACGCUGUGAGACUUGCUGAGAGGAAGGGAGGAAAACGCUGUGAGACUUGCUGAGAGGAAGGGAGGAAAACGCUGUGAGACUUGCUGAGAGGAAGGGAGGAAAACCUGUGAGAUGCUGAGAGGAAGGGAGAAAACGCUGUGGCAUGGGCGAGUGGGCUGCAGCAGAAGUUGCGGACGAGAUGAUUGGGGCAAGGGGAGAAGGGGGGGGGGGGGGGGGGGGGGGGGGGGGGGGGGGGGGGGGGGGGGGGGGGGGGGGGGGGGGGGGGGGGGGGGGGGAAGGGGGAAGGGGGGGGGGGAUUUGAACGGACAUUGUUCUCACUCUCACGCCCUUCCCCUCCGCACUUAUGCCUUCUCACUCUCAUACCCUUUCCCUCCCCCCAAUGCCCCUCUCCCUCACAACGUCCUGCCGGUUGAUCAUCUGUUUUCCCCAUCGCUCGCUUAUGAUCUGCCACAUAGCCACUCUGCCCUCCUCCCUCCGCCUCUACCUCCCUUGUCUUGCACCCCCCUCCCCCCCUUCGCCUCUUCCCUCCCCUAACUUGCCACUUCCAUCUCACCAUGCGCCUCCCCAUCCCCUCGCUCUCUUUCCCUCUUGCCUUUUCGCCAUCCCUCUCAAGUCCCUUCCCCCCUAAUCCCUUCUUCACGUCCCCAAGUCGUCCCCCCUUCCCCCUCCGCCACUGCCUUGCGCCUUUUGCCUCCCUCCACCCUUCCUCGCGCCCUUCCGGUUGGGGGGAAUGGGGCAGCAAAGUCAGAGGUAGUGCACCCAGUGAGGAGAGCGAUGGAGGGGAAGGAAAACCAGGAGAGAUGGGACGAGAUGGUGCUGCCUCUGCUCCCCUCCGGCCCCCUCUCGUUUCCCCCUCUCCCUUCCCGUCCCCAGUGCCCUCCCUCCUGGCACCCUUCCCUUGACUGCAGGGGGGGCGGAAGAAUGAAGAGCAGCGGAUGCUGCACACUAGAGAGGGGGGGACUCUGAAGCAGCAGACCAAGUAGGGAGUGAAGGGAAGGGGAAGGGAAUGCAGGAGAGAUUGGGUGAUGGGCAAAACCUAGUAUUGAGGGAAGGGGGUUUGAGAAGGCAGAAAAAGGAGUGGGAGGCUCCUUUCUCCUGUACCGCCUAAUUUCUGCCUCUUGUCAGCUCCCUUUCUUUCUAGGUUCCCCCUUACUCAUGUCUUAUCUCCCCCCCUCUCCCCUCCCCUCUUGUUCUCCUCUCCUUUCAUCUUUGUUCUGUGCUCCCCUUGCCUCUUGUCAUGUCUCAGCCCUUGUCUCUCCAUACAAUUGAAAAGCUCUCCACCUCACCCCUCCCUCCCUCCCUCUCCCCCUUCCCCUCCUUGUUUCCCUUCUCAUGUGUUGGUUCUGCACGGCUCUGACCAAGAUUCAGCACAUAUGAAGUUUGAGCGUGUGAUGCCAAUAGUACAUCUGCAACAGCAUCUAAAAAAUCACGACCCCUUUGUUUACGGCUAAGGGGUUGUGAGGGAAUAUUGGGGUUUGGGUCCACGGCCACUACUUACCGUUUACACGCAUUUGGGUGAGAUCUGUUGGAAAUAGGCAUGGAGCUGCUGCAAACGUUGCAAUUUCGACCUUUUUCAGGUUGCGCGCCCCCGGAUUUCGUUUCAGCGCGGUCCGAUGUUCAGCAUCGACGGUCGACAAUCCAAUUUUUUUUCGAAUGGUUGAGAUUUCUCGACAGACCCUAGGCAUGCGCGAUCGAUUGGUUGAUUGAAAACAUUGUUUCCGCCGAACCAUGAUGUGUACGAAGAUGUUAGAAAGAGACUAUGAAUAGAAUAGGAAGAUAUAGGGCAAUAUAGACUAGUGAGUUGU